UCUGCAAUGCCAUGUAGAUCUUUCCAGAUCUGUUGCAUUGAACCCUAACUCCCAAUUCAAAGCUUGAAACUUUUCACACUAUUAAUUCUAAUUAAAAGAUGAUUAGUUUCAAAAUGUAAGCAAGAGUACUCACGCCUUUCUGACAAGCUGGGAAAUUGGAUUUCUAUGGUUCUGAGUCCCCGGUUACUUCUUUGCAGGUUGGUAAAUUUGGUGUCAGAUCGGCAGGGAGUGGUUGAACUUGGACUUAAAAAAAAAAAAAAAAAAAUUAAUUACACUUCAACUCAGGAAUUAGAGGAUCAAAUUCUGAGUUUAUGCAACUAUUAUUGGCUACUUUCUGCCUUUGCCUUUCAGGUUGCAAUAUUGAGUGCUAACAAAACUGCUUGAUAAGCUUUGAAAGGGUAUUUUACUUUGGUUUUGGCAUGUGGAUUUUUCUUGUCAACUGUCAUGAAUGGUUAAUGAUAGCGAGUUUCUGAUACUAUACUUUGAUUGCUGGGGAAAAUGUUAUGCUGAGAUUCUGAGAAUUAGGAUUAAUGACUAAUUGUCAGUUAAGUAGUUGUUAAAGAAAUGAGGAGAGGCUACUAUUUGAAGAAUCCAAUUGCUUUUGUUGGUGUUGUGGUUUCUGUUUGUUGCCUUUUGGUAAUCAUGAUUUCAUUUCUUAGACUUCCUGUCCCUGAGGUAUCAAUAGGAAAUAAAGUGAUGAAACCUUACAAGACCGUUAAUAGCAGGAAAGUUUUCAAGGAUGAACGGAUAGGAAAGUUUGGUGAGAUGAUGAUUAAAAUGUUGCCGGAAGAACUUGCUUUUACAGUCUUUAUCCCUUCGGAGAAAUCUUUCGAGCGUGAUUUGAGGCUACGGGUGAAUGAUAGUUUGCUAGCAGAGAAGAGGAAUGAUACAUAUGCAGUGGUUUCUCGAGUAUUGGGUUUCUCAGCUAUGCCUCGAACUCUCUCUUCAGAUACAGUAUCCUCUAGUAAAGAGGUCAUUUAUGAUUCAUUAUCUGGGUUUACAUUAUACAUUUCGAAGGAUGCAGCUGGAAUGCUGGUGGUUAAUAGAAUUCGAUCGGAAAGAGUAGAUGUUAGAAGAGGCGAGAUCAUUGUACACAUCAUGGAUGGGGUAAUUAUGGAUGCUGACUUUGAACAGUCAGUUCAGCCUGAUGAUAAUGAAGAAGAUUAAAUGAAGUUAAUGCAUAAUCUGUUUACAGAAGACUGAAAAUGUAGCUGCUUCGCCGGUACAUUCUGCAUAAACUUGUUUUAACAUGUAAGUUGAUCAAAAUAUUCUCACUUUUGGUACAUCAUAAUUUUAGAGGGAACUGGGUGACCCAGAUGUAAUGGGAGCUAUCACCCCAGAUCCAACGGGCAACAUACCUUUUAUCUUAAAAAUAUAGUGAAGGCAAAUAUGGUAUUAAAAUUUGAAUGGAUAAUGUAACAUUUCUUUAUUCAUAUACAAAACUUUGAUUAAUUGAAUUUGUUAUUUUUAUUUUCUUGGGCUA